AUGAUCGAACCUCAGCUUAUCUUCUCUUCUGCUCCCUUCAAUGCCACUCUAAUACAGUCUCUGGGAGCUGAAAGCCGUCUUCGCAGCUUCGUCGCAAAGGCCCUGAGUUUGAUUGGCGUCGAUAUCGCGGGGCCGUUAACUACAGCCGACAUGGUCAAACUGGCCCUUGUAUGUGGUCUCGUACCCGGCCUGUGGCUCCACAGGCAGCGGAUGCAGUCUCCAGAGGCGGAGAAGCCCGGGAAUGACUCCACUGCCGAUGUUUCUGAUACGAUUGGGGAAGACGCCGUCGCCACCGAUCCGGGGCUCCUCAAAAAGCAUUCUGUUUACCGCUCGUAUGCUGUCCCCCAGACCGGCUUUACUUAUCCAUCGAUUCGUACGUUUCAUCGCCCGCACCCGCAGGGGGAGAAGUUGCCUUCAAAGCCUACGCCACUCCCUCUAUUGGUCUUCGUCCAUGGCCUUGGAGGCUCUGCCGCUCAAUUCCAGUCGCUGCUGACCAGCUUCGUCAACCUUGCGCCAUGCCUUGCCAUUGACCUUCCUGGCUGCGGAUUGUCCAAGUUUGCUCCGAAGGCUUGGGAGGCGUACGAGACUAGCGCGCUUGUUCACCUGCUAGCCACCGUUAUUGAGGAACACAGAGACAAAGAUGUCGGACAGGGUGUUAUUUUUAUCGGCCACAGCAUGGGGUGUUCCUUGUCUGCACUUCUGGCUUCCAAAACAUCACCCUAUUCGUACCUGCUUUCCGAGCAUGUCCUUGGAUUAAUAGCCGUCUGUCCAAAGGCAGAGCCCGCAAGCAAGGAACAGGCGGCCAAAUUCCGCAAACUCUUGACCAUCCCUGGGCCCAUAUUUGACCUUUGGCGAACCUGGGAUCGGCGUGGUGGUACCAAGAGCGCCAGCGUACAGCGCUUCGUCGGCCCCGAGGCAGAGGAAGAAACAAAAAGGCUUCAAGUGCGCUUCAACCAGCAGAGUAGGACACCAACUUGGAGAAGAAUGGCCAAAGGGAUGCUGGGCGGCAAUGGCUUACCUGGGAGGAACGUUUGGGCCGGACUGGACUUGCCUGUAUUUCUGGUCGCUGGAGAGGCGGAUCCCGUAACUCCGGCCGAUGAGGUUCGCAAGAUUACAACAUUCCUAGGAAAAGAGAUCCGUCUGAACGGCUCCGAAAACCCGGAGCCUAUCCCGGAUUCAGCUGCUCCUGUGAACUUGGGGGGUGCGGCAGGCUCUCCGCAGACGUAUCGCACCGGGUCGGUGACGCUCCUGGAUAACGUGGACACUGCUUCGCUUUCAAUGCUUGACGGAUCGAGCUCAUCUGAAGAAGAGUCACCCGUCGAUGUCCUACCUAAGCGGAGGUGUCUCAAGACUGUCAUUCUGCCUUCUCCCGCAUCGCACGCUCUGCUCUAUGCACCCUCGACCGCUCGAACAUUAUCAGGUUUGAUCCAAAGCUUCCUGGCCGAGCGCAUAGACAAAAGAUUGUCGCUUGGGUGGCAGCUCCAGUACCUGACCACGGAAGGAAAAUGGGACGUCAAGAACCUUGUGAAAUGGCAAGCAGUUCAGCCCGUUUCUGAGCCCAUCGCCGGCACUUUCCGCGCGAUGAAGACCCUAAGAGAAGUAGACGACAAGCAUCGCCCCGCCGUCUUCGUUCAGGACUGGUCAGGCAAGAUCAGGGCGGUCGUUGACAUCAGCCACGAAAGCCCGGUCUAUGACCCCAAUGGAUUGGAAAGAGGAGGCAUCCAGUAUCACAAGUUUCCGACGGUAUCCAAAUUACCGCCGACGGUAGACGAGGUGAAGCAGUUUAUAACAAUGAUCGACCGACUGCGCGAAGAGCCAGAUGAGUCUGAAGAGUACGGAGGCAAAAGACCACUGAUUGGCGUUCACUGCCACUACGGCUUUAACCGGACGGGUUUCUUCAUUGUCAGCUACCUGGUAGAAAGACUAGGCUGGGGAUUGCAGGCUGCAAUCAAUGAGUUUGCACAAAAGCGGCCGCCAGGGAUACGGCAUGAGCAUUUCAUAGACACGCUGUUCGUCAGGUACCAUGUAGGCUUGCAGAGGGCGCCUACGCUGUGA